UUGGUCUGUGCUGCCAUGUUUGGUUGGUUUUUAGAUAGAGUACCACUUAGUUUUUCUCAAUAAAUCAAUAUUGUUUGUAUUUUAGGAGUAUUCUGUGGUAUAGAGAUAUUGGUAGGAUCAUUUGUUUUAAUAAAAAAAAUAUGUUAUUUAUCAUUUAGUUAUGAUUACUGUUACUCGUCACGUCAUACACAAGUACAAAUCUAUCACUCGAAUAUUUCGUGCACAUUUCGAUGAAGAGUCACUGCCAACACGAAUAUUGAGCUAUAGAACUUUGUAGUGUACAAAUUGCUCUAAUAGAAUUAUAGGUAAGAUCUAACUUGAGUGCUCAAUCCUCGAUACCUUUACAAUUUCAUUCAUUUCAUGUAGAGAACGUGAAGUAUGAAAUUAGUAAAUACCUACAAUCAAAACGCGAUUUUGGUCACAGGUAUAAUGGAGACUGUGUCAGCAUCAGCACAAGAUGAUAGUUCUGGAGCAAAUCCCAGUAGUGUCAAGAGUGAUGACAGUAGCCCACGCCAAGAGGGUGGUUGUGGUUCACCACCACCUAACUGUGCUAUUUGCCUUGGUACAUGCAGAAAUAAAUCAUUCACCGAUUCUUGUCUACAUCAAUUUUGUUUUAAAUGUCUUCUAACUUGGAGUAGGGUAAGUAAAAAUUUACAGGUAAAAGCAGAAUGUCCACUUUGCAAGCAAAAUUUCAGAUCUAUUAUUCAUAAUGUACAGUCUAAUCAUCAGUAUGAGGAAUACAUGGUUGAGCAACGUCAAACAGAAGAAACUAUUGAAAGAUUGGACUUUGAUAACCUAACAGCAAGCACCCGGAGAUUUAGAUAUAGAACAACACUAACUCUUCCGCGGCAAGAAUCACUCGCAAUCCAGCAGCUGCUAUUGCGGCACUACCCUAUCAUGGCGGACGUGUUUCCACCGCCAGCGCGAGCGCCUCCUGCCCGUCGCCGUCGUUCACCUGCCGCUUUUCGCCGUACCGUGUACCGUCAUAAUCUGUGGGCGAGACCUUUGCCAGACUUCACGGGACGGUUUAGAGAUUGCUCACCUGAAUUCUAUAGGUACAAUGAUUCACAAAUGCACCGACUAGUGCCUUGGCUUAAUAGAGAACUUCACUAUUUACUGAAUGAAAAUAUUGGCCAUAUAUCAUAUGUUAUUGCUCGUAUUCUGGAAUUAUUGCCUCAAUAUCACAUCAACUCGCCUGAGUUUAGAGAAGCCCUACAAGUAUAUUUUCGGGACAGAACUGAACAUUUCCUCCACGAGCUUUAUUGCUUUGCGUCCACUCCAUACGAUCUAACAGGAUAUGAUCGCAACAUACAAUAUACUACAGACACCAGAAUAUCGACAAUGGUCAAUGAAGUCAUCUCUAGUUCAGAAUCUGAGGCUAGCGUUGAUUCUGAUAUUGUAAUGGUUUCGAGCUCCGAGCCUGCAGAGCCGCCACCAGGACCAUCACGUUUACCUGCGCCUGUGUACCCUCAAAAUUACAUUCCACAACCAGCUACAAAUAAUGUUAUACCCAUCGAAACUAUAUCUCACUCUGACACCGAUGACGAUUCGUCAGAAGUUAUGGUCGUCGGUUAUAUUAAACCACCACAAGACCGCACACCUGAAGUUGUCGAUUUACUCGGGUCAGAUAGUGAUGUUAUAGUGCAAGACACAACCCCGCCAGAGCCUCAGGCUCAAAGUUCAGAGAACCAAGAUACGAGAACUGCACCUUUAGUGAAAUUAAUUUUAAAAAGGCAUGCUUCAGAACAAAACCCCGAUUCUGAUAGCGAAGAUGGCACGCACAGACCGCUUCCGACGAAACGCAAAAAGCGGCAACGUUCUAACGAUACUGCCACCACAACAGACACUUGCCGGACAACACCGUCUCCUCCCCACUCUUGGGAAUCAGAGUCCAGUUCAGAAUCUAACAAUUGCUCAAUAACUACCUCACCUUCCAUGCCGACAAUAUCGACUGAUUCCGAAUCGUUCAGUAGCUCUAAUAGCUCUAGUAGAAAACGAAAACCUUCCAAGAAAAGGAAGUAUAAAAAGAAACACAAAGAUUUAAAUUCUGCAGCAAGUGAUAAAAAGAAACAUAAGAAGCGCAAAUCCCGCAUUCACCACAAAGAAAAGAAAGUAACUAAACCUGAAAAAGACAAGAAUAAUACACGUAAAUCUAACUCUGGUAAAGGAGUGAAAUCAUCUAAAAAGAAAGAACCACCUGUAAAUCCUCAAGAACAAAAUGAAACAACUUUAGAUCAACCAAGCACUAGUGGUACCCAUAGACAUAGAACCAAGAAUCACAAACGACGACGUCCAAGUCGUGAGAGUAAAAGACUGAGAAGUGUUGUUAAUGUGAUGUAUAGUAAAAAAUCUAAUAGUGAAACGAGUUCAAAUGGCAACACGCUCUCGUGUAAUGCGUCAAAUAGUACUGCAACUAGCAUUACUUCUGUUAGUGACAAUAGCUGUCCAAAUAUAGAAUCCUCUCUGCACACCAAUACUGAUGCGUCAUCUGUUAGUCUUAAACCGGUAACAAAUUCUGAUUCUGAAGACGACCUACCUCUAAAUUUAACAAUACAGAAAACAUACACAUCAUUAUGAGAAACUAUUGUAUAAAGUUAUAAUAAUAUUGUGAUAAUAGUACUACCAAUUGUGUCAGAGAAGUAAUUUGUAAUAAAUAGUUGUAUAUUAUGAAUACCCGCAAAUUACUUUAGCAUAACCAUUAUAAUAUCGUAUAUUAUAAUGUUAUUCUGAACACAUAUACCAUCAUCACACAGCUAAUUUAUGUAUUUAGAUUUGGAUUAGUUUGAAGCGCUAGUUAAUACUAAGUCUUAUUAUAUCGGAUAUGUAUUCUAGGUGCUUCGAUUGCCAUGAAAAAUAGAAUCCAAAUAUAUAAAUAUAAUUUAACUAAAAACUUAGUUUUAUUA